AUGUUAUUUCCCACAUUCCCUAAGAUCUUAGCUGGAGCUGUGUUGCCCUCUCUCUUGCUAGUUAUUCUUCCGUGGUCCUCAUAUGUCUAUGCCAGUUCUGAAGAACAUCAGACACGCCAGGGUGAUGCUGAAACAGGUAUAACAUGGCCUAUACCAGGACUCCAGAAUGGUGUGUCACCUGGGAUGGGAGCUGGCAUGGCAUCUUUAUUUAUGGCAACUUUAGCUAAUCAGAGGGCAGAAGGGUUUUGUGCUAAAGAGCAAGAUGGCACCCGUAACAGUUUGGAAGGCUGUAUAACAGCAAAUGUAGCAGGAGUUAUAUUUGGUGUUUACGGGAUCUACAAAAUAGGAGGAGGGUUUGUAACUACACGUGACAACCCACCUGUCUUAUUGUUAGGGAGUAGUGGCCAAACUAGCGAAAUGGUUAUCCAUUCAACCUACUCACCUCCUAGCCAAGGUAAAAGGAGAGAAGAAGAGGACCUUACUUUAUUUGAUUUGGACCUUAAGCCAGGAGAUAUUAUCAUGGAUUACUCUUUUAAUGGCGAUCGUUAUCUCUUACUAUAUGGAGAAAAUAAUAAGGGAGUACCUUACGUAAGGCCGGUCACUGCUGCUUCACAUCUUAAUAGCAGUGCACGGACUCGGGAUAGUGUCCCAUAUUAUAUGGAUAUGUACUACGUCACUUGGGAUAGAGGUAAUAUGGACCAAUUUGUGUAUAAUCCAGACGCCAAGGGACAGUUAUCUUCAGAAAUAGCUGCAGCAUUUAUGAGGGGCGAUCCGAACUACCCCUACUACCCUUAUGACUAUAUAAGUUCAACGGUAUGCUUAGGCAUUUAUGAUGGCCCUUCAAAGGUGUCAACGGCUAAAUUGUUUGUAUCAGAUAACUCAGAUUUAGCUAAUGAUGUUGAUUCUGUGUAUAGCGGUAUAGACCCUUGUUGGGAUUAUGGCUAUCCGUAUCAAUUUUAA